AUGGUGGCGGAGGUCUCUGGUGAUGGGCCUUGUGCACUUGAAGAUCCUGAUCACAUCAUCAUCAAGGAUUGUUGGUUAACCACUGGUACACCUUCCAACAGCGACAUUCACGACAAGCUAGAAGAUCUUGCAAGGGAUCCAUUCUUUGUAGGCUACAAUCCAAGCAACUCCACGCCCAUUUUUCAUUUUCCUGACAAUCAUACAUCUCAGCCUCUUGCAUCUUUUGACGACAUCAUAUUAGCUGGACACCCAGACGUGGAUGCCUUAUAUAAUAGGGCAAACACUGGUUGGGAUGACAUACAGUUCUUGUCUGGAAUUCCAAUACGAGACCAUCAUCUUUCACCAUCCUUGACCCUUGUGCCAUCUAUCGCACAUCCUCAGAUGCUUAUUCAGGACACAACCAAAGUUAUCAUGAGUGCUGCUGGAGUUUCAGAGUUGGCAGAGUUAGCAGCCUUGGAGGACUGUACACAUUAUCACAUGGCCAUGAAAACAGUUGGGGUAGAACGUGUGUGGUUUUCCUGUGUAUGUGAAAUGCUAGAUGGGAUCAUUGGUGUUUUACUUGGCCUUCAGAAUGGUUACAUGAGACGUGGUCUCAUUCAUUGCGACGUUAGUGAUGGCAAUUCAUGGCUUCAAGUCAAGGCUGCUUUGCCCCAUUUUGCUGUCCCAGAUUGGCCCAUCGACGCAAUGGCUGAAGACGUUCAAGAUGGAGACACGGUUAAGACCACAAAAUCUCUUACAGGGACUUAUCCUUACCAAGCUAUAGGGAGAAUUUUACAGCCUGAAGUACCACACAAUUACAUCCACAAUUUGGAGUCUGUUUUCUGGAUGCUAUGGUUGAUCAUGAUUAACUGCGAAGGUCCCUACUGUCUGCAAAUUGACUGGGUUGAGAAAGAGAAGGAAACUGCUGCAGCAGAGGUUGACAAAGCACCUGCAUCAUUAAAGGGCUCAGCAUCUCAGAAGUAG